UCCGAGGUGCAGUGAUCAUAGCAGGAAGUGUGUGCGGCUCCCGCAGCAGGAAGCGGGGAGACUGCGAGCUGACACCGGGUGCAUCCCAUAGAAGAGCCCGGAGAUGGAGCACAUCCGGACCACCAAGGUGGAGCAGGUGAAGCUAUUGGAUCGGUUUAGCCCAAGCAACAAGUCGACUUCUGGAACGUUGUACCUCACCGCCACUCACCUGCUGUUUAUAGACUCGCAGCAGAAAGAGAUCUGGAUCUUACAUCAUCACAUUGCUGCGGUGGAGAAGCUCGCCCUCACGACUACAGGCUGCCCCCUAGUGAUCCAGUGCAAGAACUUCCGCGUGGUACAUUUCAUAGUUCCCAGGGAGCGAGACUGUCAUGACAUCUACAACUCUCUGCUCCAGCUAUCCAGGCCAGUCAGAUACGAAGAUCUCUACGCAUUUUCCUACAACCCCAAACAGAAGGAGACGGAGCGGGUCCUCGGCUGGCAGUGCAUCGACCUGAAAGACGAGUAUAAGAGAAUGGGGGUCCCUAAUGCUUACUGGCAGCUCUCCGAUGUGAACCGAGAGUAUAAGGUGUGCGAGACCUAUCCUAGAGACUUGUACGUACCCCUUCCAGCCAGUAAGCCAAUCAUUGUCGGGAGCUCAAAGUUCAGAAGUAAAGGCAGGUUUCCAGUGCUGUCUUACUAUCACCAGGAGACGCAGGUGGUCAUCUGCAGGUGCAGUCAGCCCCUGUCUGGUUUCAGUGCCCGGUGUCUGGAAGACGAGCAUAUGCUGCAGUCAGUCAGCAAAGCCAAUCCUGAAUGGCGGUCCAUGUAUGUGAUGGACACCAGACCGAAGUUGAACGCCAUGGCGAACCGCGCGGCAGGCAAAGGCUACGAGAAUGCAGACAAUUACUCCAACAUCAAGUUCCAGUUUGUUGGAAUUGAGAACAUUCAUGUUAUGAGGUCGAGCCUGCAGAAGCUGAUGGAAGUUUGUGGAUCAAAGAACUUAUCUGUAAAUGACUUUUUGAGUGGCCUAGAAAGCUGUGGAUGGCUGCGCCACAUCAAAGCCGUGCUGGACGCUUCUGUCUGGCUGGCAAAGGCUAUACAUGAUGAUAAGACCAGCGUGCUAGUACAUUGCUCUGACGGCUGGGACCGCACCUCACAAGUCUGUUCACUGGGAUCUUUAUUACUUGAUCCAUUUUACAGAACCAUCAAGGGAUUCAUGGUCUUAAUUGAGAAAGACUGGAUAUCCUUUGGGCACAAGUUUGCAGACAGGUGCGGACAGCUGGACAGCGACUCCAAGGAGAUCUCACCGGUGUUCACGCAGUUCUUGGAGUGCGUCUGGCAUCUGACCGAACAAUUCCCUCAGGCCUUCGAGUUCAGCGAAGCUUUUCUACUCCAGAUACAUGAACAUGUACAUUCCUGUCAGUUUGGAAAUUUUAUUGGAAAGUGUGAAAAAGAGCGGGAAGAACUAAGAUUAAAGGAGAAAACGCAUUCAUUAUGGGCUCAUCUUCUGAGCGAGCAGAGCAAGUAUCGGAAUCCAAUAUUCGACUUACGUUCCUUGAAGACCCAACCAGUUCUGGAACCAAACAACGUCUUCUUCAACUUCAAGUUUUGGAGGAACAUGUAUCACCAGUUUGACCUGAUGCUGCACCCCAGGCAGUCCUUCCCCAAUCUUCUCGUGAAGAUAUCUUCUGAAAACAAGGAAUUGGAGGAUGAACUGAAACAACUUCAGCUGAAAAUCAGUAACCUUACAAAAGAAGGAGAAUAUGCCGGCAUCAGCUCCCCUACCACCCAUGUGUCUCCCAAGCAAAAGGACUCUUCAGGUUACAAGAAGGAAAACGUUCUUCACCCCCUGCAGGACCCUAAACAAAUCCUAGAGGGCAGUACAGCUGAAGACAACCGCUAUACUGACUACUCAGAGGAGAUCACCAAAGCUGAGCCCUCCAUUGUCAGCCUGGAGUUCGGAGUUGCAAAAAUGAGAGUUAGUUAAAGUACAACUACGUUGAAAAUGCCUCGUGUACGUGACGCCUAUAGGGUGCAGGGAGCGCCUCUGUCUUGCUUAUGACGUAGCAUGGAAAGUGAUUGUCUAUGUGAGAAUGAGAGGAAGAAGGUAGGAAAAGUGUAGGGUGAAUGGUAGGAACCUGUGAGCAGGUCAUUGAGGGCUCGUUAUAGGAUGAUGAUGCUGCUACUAUACAGGAAUGGUAUACUGUAUACGGUAGGGCUCAAAUGUUGCUUGAAAUUUCAGACAAGUGAACUAUUACACGUGUAGAUAAUAAAGCUGUUGGUUCUAGAGAGACACUUUAAUGUAAAAUAUAUGUUCUAUUUAACCAAGUUCUCCUACUUAUUUUUGUGGAGCCAUUUUGAGGGCCCCUGGCAAGUACCUCUGGAGUGUGUUUCACUUGUCCGGCUAGAGUAUAUUUUAUAUCCGCGUUAUGUCGUUUUAACGGUAACAUAAGUGCAUUCACUUGUCAAGAAGGGUAACUUUAUAACAUGUCUGUAAUAUAGUAUACAUAUAUAGGCUAGAAGUCGUCUUCACACAGUCCAUCAUCAUUCAUGGAGACCACUGCUGUGUACCUGGAAAACAUUAACGUGGCUGGCCCAUCUCGCUCCUUGGUGGCAUAUCGCUAGCAUAUGCAACCAUUGUCCGGUAGGUGCGGGUUCCACCUCUGAGACCCCCACCUAUCUCUAAAAAGGGCCCCGGAAAGUAAAGGAGAGCCCACCGCAUGCUCUUCAUUUACUUCUAAAGGAGCGAGCGCACUCAGCUAUUUCCCGAAUUACCAGAGAAGUGCAUUGAGAGAGCACCGCGCAAGCGCGGCCACCUCCCCAUUCACCUCUAUGGCAGUUCUGAAAUAAGCCAAGCCAACGCUCUGCUAAUUGUGGCACUCCCAUAGAGGUGAAUGGAUGGUGGCUGAGCUUGCGCAGUGCGCUCUCGUUCAUUUUGGGGCCCCUGUUUUACAGAUAGAUGUGGGUCCCAGUGGUGGGACCCGCACCCAUCGAACUGGUGACAUAUGCCACCAAAGUGCGAGGUGAGCCAACCCCAUUACAGAUGUUUCAGUUUUUGUAAGCCAGAAGUCUUACAAGGUACAAUGUCUACAUUUCUUCUGGCUCGUCUGUAGGAUUAAGGUCAGUACGUAAUCUAAAAGUCCUCUAACUCUAGCAUAUCGAGACACAGCAAGACCUUCCUAAAAAAGAUCAAGCCUCUAAAUGUCUCAUGAGGACAAUUCCCAUCUGUCUGGACCCCUUCUCUAAGCCAGAACAGAAAGCCACUAUGUAAGCUCCCGCUCUGGCUUGUUAAAAGGGUCCCCUGACUAUAUGCUGUUGGGAAGCCCCUGCAGUGCUACCACUGGGGAAAUAAAGCAUUACAGGGUGCCCAUCAAAAUCAAUGAGCUGUCCAUGUGACUCAUGGACGUGUCAGGUCCUCCAGAGAGAAGGACGCUCUUUAUAACUAAUCUCUGCUUUGGCUUAUAGAGGAGAGUCACAAACUAUUAGGAUAUGUGAACAUGUAUCUAUAAGGGUACUUUCACACUAGCGUUUUUCUUUUCCGGCAUAGAGUUCCGUCCUGGGGGCUCAAUACCGGAAAAGAACUGAUCAGGCAUAUCCCCAUACAUU